AUGCGCCCCGGGUUGGAUAAACCGGGCGCGCUUCCACUCCUGGCCCUGAUCAUCUUCUCCCUACUCACGCUGGUGCCUUCACUGCCGAGUAUUUACAGCUUGAAGCUUGCCGACUUCACACACUAUAUCAGCAAAGCACAGGUUCCUCUCAUCCAGGAAAAAGUCGCCGAGCUUUCUUCAGACUCACCUGAUCGCACACCAUGGGUCCUGGCUGCACCAUCUCGACCGCGUCUAAACCGUUUUUCACGGCCUGCGCGACUUGCCAACGGUGCGCCGACCAUCUCUAGCGAGACACCGUCCGUCGAAAAUAGAAGUCGCUCUUCCUACCCGGCUGAAUCUACAUUCCUCUUCAGCAGGAGGGCCCGUGCCUUUCGCACAUACUUCAUUCAACAACUAGACGACAUUCAAUUCCUCACACCCUUUUCCACCCGCAGCGUGUCAACCGGGGCUAUCCCCGACCCAACUCUUACACCUAAUCUCGCCCCUCUCCCGGCCUCAAUCGACGACUCAAAGCCCACCGCCACGCCAUUGCAUAAUGAAUCCAUCUCUACGCCCCUCGCGGACCCGAGUCCGCAGCUUCCAUUCACCGAUAUGUGGCAGCAGGCCUGCCAGGUGGCCAGUGGCCUUUGGGAGCUUGCCAAUGAACCUCCGAGUCCUAAAUUUCAACGCUUGAUCCGGUGGGGUACUAGCUAUGCUCAAUCCGCCUUCUCUUCCUCCAAACCCGUCGACACACCUACACCCUUAAUCCUCCCUCAAAACGACACACAACCCGAAGUUGAAGAAUGCACUUGCAUGUCAGCGCUGAACAAAACUCUCCCUCCUUCAAAUGAACAGUCUACCGACGCUGCUGGCCGGCAUUCAUCUGAGCUCCAGGGCAGCUGUAUGGCAGUGGUGAUCGGCCUGGUAGCCGGGAUAAUGUGGUUUUAA